GUUUAAGUCUAAACCUGAUAUAAAUUAAGCUACUAGUUUCCUUUUGGAUCUACUAGUAUUCUUUUUGGAUUGACAAUGGUAGUAUGUGGGUAUUAUAUAAUAAUAAUUUAAAGUUUGUGCGCUACUUGAGUGUUAUUUAAAAAAAGUUAGUUUUUGGGCCCAAAGAAUCAAUCACUCAGAUCUUGACAAGCCCCAUGCAUGUCACGAAACGAAAAACGAAUUCUUUUUCUUAAAUGAAGUUUAUGUUAGAACAUUAAGUUCUAUUCUAAAAUAUCGGGAAGAAUUAGGUCUACCCGCUAUUUUAGCAAAAAGAACUAGAACUUAAAGUUUAAGAUUCCAGUCCACUAUCUAAAUGAAAAUCUGUUGAACAACAAUCACAGAACUAUAACAGGCUAAUUUGAUUCCCAUAACAAGUACAAGAACUAACUCCCUAGCUUCAAACUUCAUAAUAAUUGUGUUAUUAAACUUUACGGGACCCGCAAUUGUUUGAGACUAAUCGGAUUCGAGUCGUGGACAGAACUAAUUGUGCCGCUACACCAAACAUUGUUAUCCGUAGCAGUCUACGCGGCUACGAAACUGCUACGCCGUAGACUUGCUACGAGGAGUUUGUAAAUUGAUGUUUACAUGUAUGAUUUUGUAGAUAACAUAGUAGCUUUUAGAUAUUGAUAGUUAAUAGUUUAUUUACUGAUAAUGGUUCAUUAGUGUCUUGUUCCUAAAGCGAUGCAACUUGGGUCACUUAAAUGAUGUUUGGAUGAACGCUAAGCGCUAACCUGUAAAUUACCUAUAUAUGAGAUAGAUAGAUAAAACAUUUAUUCAGUACAAACAUUAACAGACACAAAGAAAUUGACAGACACAAAAAAAAUAUAUAAUAAAAAAUAAGUGGGUACACAAUACAAUUUACAGUACGGUAGGAGCAACACAAAGGAAAAGGAGAAAAAAAUAAAAAAUUAACGGCGCGGUUCAGUGUGUCUCUCAGUUUGCACCGAAUGGGAGUCCAGCUCAGCAUGUGUCAGGUAUGAUACCUGACGCUGGUAUUCUGCUGGAUCCCUGCGAUGACGUACGGACGUCGAGCAGACCGAACAGUGAAUAUUAUCUAGGCGUAAUUAGUGCUGUGUGUGGUGAAAUAAGACCCCGACUACAAGUGAACCGGAAUUCGGCGAUGAAACCACCAUCACGGCAGUGGAAACAGAAGGCAUGCUCAGAGCACCUCGCUACUACCGCGGGAUCUACUGUCCCUCAAUCACAAAUAGUUUUAAGAAUAAAGCAGUAGAGUUAUCGUACCAAAGAUAUUCGCGGAGGCAGCGACAGAAGUCACUUAUUAUGGUGAACGUUGUCGAUUUAGCUCUUAAGAUUUGUCUAGCAAUAAUAUACACAGUCACAAACUUAGAAGUAGCAUCACCGAGCCCGUACCAGAUCGCGUGGACGGUGGCUUUCUCCUGGCUGAACGUGGGGGUGUGCCUGCUGGGCUGGUGGCGCUGCUUCGCCAACAACUACCUGCACUGGGCGGCCGCAGCCACCUGGAUACUACUCAUCGCUCAAGGUAUAAGUGGGCAAGGCAUCGGUUUCCAAGACUCGGAGAACCAAGUAUGGUACAUGCUGUUCAUAGUGUUUGUACCGUACGCCAUGCUGCCUCUCUCUCUGAUCUGGUGCAUAGUCAUUGGGACCCUGUCCUUCCUGUCACAUAUCCUCGCGACAUCGCUGGUCAUCAAGGAACGCAUGGAUGAUACUAGGAAAGCUGUUAAUUGCAGUAUUAAUUCGUACACGUGCAGUCUCCGCCUUAUUAUCGGUAACGCACUGUUAUACAUAGCUGUCAACUUCGCUGGUAUGUAUGCCAAGUCCCUGGCAGACUGGGGACAGAGGAAAGCGUUCCUGGAGACCAGGAGGUCGAUGGUGACGAGAGAGAGGACGAAGAGGGAGAGUGACCGGCAGUGGAAACUGUUUCAGAGUGUAAUACCGGACUUCCUGGCGAAGGAGAUCUACGGCCACGUGAACAAGGUGAAGGGGGAGUUCCAAGAGCAGCAGUUCAAUAACCUUUACAUACAGCAGCAUCAUGACGUGUCCAUAUUGUACGCUGACAUCAAGGGAUUUACUGAACUAUCGAGUAAAUGCAGUGCGCAGGAAUUGGUGAAACUACUAAAUGAACUGUUCGCACGCUUCGACAGGUUGGCAUCGGAGAACCACUGCCUCCGUAUAAAGCUGCUAGGCGACUGCUACUUCUGUGUGAGUGGGCUGCCGGACAGACGCGAGGACCACGCCCACUGCUGCGUCAACAUGGGACUGCACAUGAUACGAGCUAUCCGCGACGUUCGGUAUAAUGCACAGGUGGACUUGGACAUGCGCAUCGGGAUCCACAGCGGUAAAGUCCUGUGUGGAGUGCUGGGGUUACUGAAGUGGCAGUUUGACUUGUGGUCACAUGACGUCACCUUAGCUAACCACAUGGAGAGUGGCGGCCUGCCGGGCCGCGUACACAUAUCAUCGUCUACCCUGGAGUGCCUGAACGGCGCGUUCGAGGUGGAGCCAGGCGACGGCGGCAGUCGGGACCCGUACCUGCGGGAACACAACCCUGUCACCUACCUCAUUAAGAGCACAGAGCAGCCUAGGCGGAUGCGGCAUCGGUCUAGGACUAGUGUACCACAACAACCUCAGACCAACUGGGAGUCCACACCGCGACGGCCGAGCAGCUCCAUCGAUGAAGAGAUGACAGCUGACUGGACUCCUGAAAUGCCCUUCCAAAAUUAUUACGUGAGCAGUGCAGCUAGAGUGGCGAGAGCCUUCAACAGGAACCAUGACGAUAAUAAACAAGAUCCGGAAAUUGAUGACGUGCCUCCACUCGCUGAUGUCGAAGAAGACGACAUAAUAAACCACUCUAUAGAAGUGAAGUCGAACCGUCGCAUGCGUGUGAGCAACAUGCACGGCUGGUCGCUCAAGUUCAGGCGUCCGUCAUUGGAGGAGAAGUUCGGUCAGGUGGACGAAAAGACAUUCAAGUCUAACGUCAUGUGCUGUCUGGUGUUGUGGCUGUUCAUAGUCGCUGUGCAGAGUUUGGUGCAUUACAACUGUCACUACCUGGUGAUAAUUCUAGCGGCCAUGACGGUUCCCUUCACCCUCUCCUUCGUGCUGGUGAUGCUGGAAGAGUUCCCUGGCGUCCUGCCUCGUCUCUCCAAGGUCUCGGCCUACCUCAGCUCCACGCGGACUAUCAAGAAUAUCCACAUAUGCUGCUUCAUCACUGCCAUGUCUUUGUCCAGCACAAUAAAACUGUACGUGUGCCCACCAUCAUUUGUUCCCGAGUCAGUAAUCAACGCAACAUCCUCGAAUGUAUCGUGCAACAUAACUGACAUCAUUGCCUCCGAGCUGAAUGAUCCAGACGAGUGCUACCGACCGGAGUACGUGGUGUUCACGUGGGUGCUGUGCCUGGUGGCGCUGACGUCGGUGCUGAAGCUGUACUACCUGAUCAAGACGCUGCUGGCCACUGUGAACGUAUUGAUGUACUGCAUCCUCCUGCUCCGGUUCUACAACUAUAAGAACUAUAAUCAAAGUACGCACACAACAUUACCAGCCUACGUGCAAAUGCUGAUCUUGAUGGCAGUGUUCCUCGUAGUGGUGAUAUACCACGGGCGGCUGGUAGAGGUGACGUCACGCCUGGACUUCAUCUGGAAGCUGCAGGCGGAGACCGACCUGGACGAGAUGGAGGACACACAGAAGACCAACAGACAUCUCCUGAAACAUAUCCUGCCGGACCACGUCGUUGUACACUUCUUGAGUAGAGAUUGGUGUCCUGAUGAGCUAUACUCCCAGUGGCGCGAUGAAGUGGGGGUCAUGUUCGCUGGCAUCCCCAACUUUGACGAGUUCUAUUCUGAGGAGAAGGCGGUGGAGUGCAUGCGGGUGCUCAACGAGAUCAUUUUCGACUUUGACAAGUUACUGAUGCAGCAACGUUUCAAAAGUAUUGAGAAGAUCAAGACUAUCGCAGCUACGUACAUGGCUGCUUCUGGACUCAACCCUAAUCAUAAUAAGACCGGUGAGGACAACUGUGAACACCUGUGUGCGCUGGUCGACUAUGCUUUCGCUCUAAGGGAAGCUCUAGAAGACAUCAGCAAACACAGCUUCUACAAGUUCCGGCUAAGAGUUGGCAUAAGUUGCGGUCCCCUGGUGGGCGGAGUGAUAGGCGCUCGGAAGCCGGUAUAUGACAUCUGGGGCAACACCGUCAAUGAGGCGUCGAGGAUGGAGACCACAGGCGCCAUGGACAAGAUACAAGUUACCAAAUAUACUAAGCAGCUAUUAGAACUCCGCGGCUACGCCCUGGAGCGUCGUGGAGCAGUGGAGGUAAAGGGCAAGGGUCGCAUGGAGACGUGGUGGGUGACGCGGACCCGCGGCGCGCCCGGCCCGCCGCGCCCCGCCCCCGCCGCGCCCGCGCCGCCGCGCUCGCUGGCAGCACUCGUGUAUACCAUGCUGCAGGCUAGGAAGAGGAUAUACACGCAUCCACUUGAUACUGCUGCCAUGUCUAAACGCGGCGGUAGUGUACGCACAAGUCGGGCAGACACUGCGCCCGGAGGAUCAGGCAGACGGUCGGAGCUACGGCGGGCACGGACGCGACACGCCAGAUCAACCGGCAACGAGCUAGAGCUGGGCGCGAUCCGGCCCCACUCGAGCAGCCUGGUGGUGCGUCGCGUGGACAUGUCGGUCGCCGCGCCCGCGUCGCUGUCGGCGCCGCACACGCCCACGGGCGCCGCGCACCCGCACGCGCCGCACGACGCACACACGCCGCACUCACUGCCGCCGCGGGACAAACAGACUAAACUGGGAUUAGGAGCUCGACUAAAAGCAGCAAGCUUCUCAUCGAGAACCAGACCGAGGGAUAGAUCGCCGAACAUUCGAGAACAACCGCACGAGGGAUCAGGCGCGUCCAUCGGCAACGGCACGCCUGGCUCCUUCCGCAUCAGGUCUAUCACCAACGCCUCCAUAUUCAAGAGCAGAAACAAGGAGAAACGCAGCAAAGAGCAACUAGAUGGGGAAAGCAAGGAGAACGGAGACGCUGUCUCGACUAGGAUGUAACUAUAUUGUGAUGACUCUUAAUCUUGAGGCUUAAUGCAGCCAACAUGUUUUAUUCUGUUAGAUUUUCAACAGAAUUUAUUAAGGUUCCUUUUUGUUAAAAUGUCCUAUCAACGGCCAUAAUUUGAACUGUCAAUAGAUUAACUUAAAAUCGCGGUUUACUCGCGUUAAUUAUUGGAGAAAAGCUCUACUAGUUUCGAGUCACAGUGGGACUUUUAAUCAUGAGUACCGUGCGCAGACGCGGUGACGUCACGCAGCCUACUGUACUAUCAAUGGAUCUUUGAAAAUGGUCGAUGAAGUUUAUAGUCUUCCUUCUAAUAAUUAUGUUAUGAACUGUUCAUUAAGAUUGCACCUUACAUGACUGAUACGCAGCUAUACCGUACAAUGAGAGCUGGCUAGAGGCUGUCACAAAUUAUGCGCAAAACAUUUGAAAAAUUCAGAUUGUUUUUUUAAAGUUGCAUCUAUUUGUAGAUAAGUAUUAGAAUUACCCGUUUUUGUACAUAACCCUUUAGAUACUAUUUAUUUAAUACUUAUAUUUAUACUACAAAUGACAUUAUUUAUUGUUAAUCUAUACGUUUUACUCGUGACAUUAUAAUCUGUAAUAGACUUUAUUAUUUAUUGCGUAAAGCACAAAAUGUAUUGUAUACCUAUUUUAUUAUGAGAGUUGUUUUAUGAGCGCUAAGCGUUUCAUGUAAAUAUUGUAAGAUAGUUUUUGUAUAGACGGUCAGAACUAUUGGACUCGAAGACUGGGACCAAACCGAUUGGCUCGGAGAUUUGUGCAAGGAGUUUCAAGGAGGCGGGACGCCUUACAACAUAUUUAUUGUAGAAUUUUCUGGAAUACUUUUUCCGAUUGUAAGGCGAGAGUCCAUCAGUUAUGACUGCUUUCUAGAUUUUGUUUGUAAGGAUAUUGAACAGCAUUUUACUUUAAUUCGAAUAUGUAUAGGAUUGAAUGUGCCACCGUUUUACAGUAGAACAGACAAUGCCAAAGAAUCUGCAUGAUCUCAACAGCAUUUUAGUAAAGCUUACUAAGUAGACAUUUUAACGUAUUUUUACAUUUUAAGAUCUGACUACGUGUAUUAGUAGAUUUACUGUCUAGAAACUUCGAUGUUGCCAAAGCCAAACUAAAUGUAAGUAAUUUCGAACAAAUAUUUUAAAAUGGACUCUAUGACAUAUGAAAUAAAACGUCGAAUGAA